CCAGCUUCUUCUUCCUCACACGCAUGCCGACGCUUUCCUCUCCAGCCGAUGUCCAUCUCCCUUCCAGCACAAACAUGGCCGCCUCUCCGAGCCCCAUCGCCCAUGGCAGCCGUGCCCUGCUCCCAGCUCCCUCACCUCCCCCAUGGCCGAGCGCCCUCUCCAGCCACCGGUGCUCGCCAAGCCCAUCUCCCAUGGCGCCCAGCCCAGUUUCCAGCGCCCUCCUCCAUCACCGCGCACCUCUGGUCGCUUCAGCUCAUCUCCCUCGCCGUGGAGCUCUCUGCGUGCGCCCCUGGUUCCUGCACCCUGGCCUCCCUCAUCUUCCCUGGGUCCGGCCAUAGCUGGCCGCCGCUGCUCCAUCUCGAGUCGCGCUCGCCCAGCUCUGUUGGCUGCGCCCUCCCUGCCGCAGCUCGCGCCUGUCGUCCUGCUUACUCGAGCUCGCCCCGGCCUCCUGCUCCCUCCAGCCCUUCCCAUGGUGUUACUACUGCUGUAACAAGUCCGACAGAAGAACCAUCCAAUGCAGGCCCACGAAGGGGAUCCAGGCUGCGCCGGCCUAGUACUCGGCUUAGGGAGUUUGUGUGAGUUGUAAUUGAGAUAUAAGGGAAUAUUGAUUAGGGAAAAGGUAUCAGACUUGUAAUAAGAAUUCUGGACAGACUGUCGCUCUGCCUAUCUACUCUACCAUCUGCUCUUCUUCCUGUCCAAGUCUUCUUCCUCCCUCCUGGCAUCUCCUAACAAUUGGUAUCAAAGACCUCGUUUCGGUCUGGAGCAGCACCACCGUUACUAUACUCGCCGACAGAAGGGGUUGGGAGCCAUGGAUCCCAACCUCAAGUCCAUGUUCGAGGAGAUGAUGAGAUUGAUGCGGACGGAAGUUUCCAAGGAAAUCGCCAAGGGUUUCGCUGACCAUGACGCAAUUCUGAAUCAGAGAUUCACUGAUUUAUCUGUGGCUGAGGAGAACCGCAACGUUCGCA